CCGGGUGCGGGCAUGGCCGAGCGGGCUCCGGGCUGCGCUGGCCCCUACGACACGGCCACGCUGCUCCAGUUCUGCAACGAUGAUAACCUGUCAGGCACCAGCGGGAUGGAGGUGGACGACCGCAUCUCGUACCUGGAGCAGCGGCUGCAGCUGCAGGAAGAUGAGAUCCAGGUGCUGAAGGCGGCGCUGGCCGACGUGCUGCGGCGCCUGAGUGCCUGUGAAGAGAACGGACUCAGCCUGCAGAGGAAAGUCCCCACAAAAGUGUGCCAGCUGCUCAAGGGGCUGCCCUCCAAACCCAUCCUCAGCAACGGGAUCCUGCCGCAGAAGAGAUCCGGGGGCUACUCCACCUCCCCAUCGUCCCCCAAGAGAGAGCCGGCCCACGGUGCCGCGAGGAGGUGCCCCUCCCUGGAGCGGCCGGCCGCGCUCAGACGCGACUGUUUCAGAGAGCAGAGGAGCCGCACCACCUCGUCCAGCAGCUCCUGCAGCGGGCAGCGCGAAGGCAAACCCAAGGAGGCCACCUUCAGUGCUGAGGAUGGCUACGUGAAGAUGUUCCUGCGGGGCCGUCCCAUCCUCAUGUACAUCCCCGAUGCCCUCGUCACCACCUACAACCUGGACACCAAGCUGGAGCUGCCGCCCAAGAAACUGAAGCUGGACUGGGUCUAUGGGUACCGGGGCCGCGACUGCCGGGCCAACCUCUUCCUGCUGCCCACAGGGGAGAUCGUCUAUUUCGUGGCAGCCGUGGCCGUGCUGUACAGCGUGGAGGAGCAGCGCCAGCGCCACUACCUGGGCCACAACGACGACAUCAAGUGCCUGGCUUUGCACCCCGACAUGGUAACCAUAGCAACCGGGCAGGUGGCUGGGGCAUCCAAAGAUGGCAAGCCACUGCCACCCCACGUGCGGGUCUGGGACUCGGUCAGCCUGAACACGCUGCACGUGCUGGGCCUGGGGGCCUUCGACCGAGCUGUGAGCUGUGUGGGAUUCUCAAAGUCUAACGGCGGGGGGAUGCUGUGUGCCGUCGAUGAGUCCAAUGAGCACGUGCUUUCAGUGUGGGACUGGCAGAAGGAGCAGAAAAUCGCUGACGUCAAGUGCUCAAACGAGUCGGUCCUGGCUGCCACCUUCCACCCCAUGGAGCCAACGCUGCUCAUCACCUGCGGGAAGUCGCACAUCUACUUCUGGAGCCUGGACAGGGGCAGCCUGAGCAAACGGCAGGGCAUCUUCGAGAAACACGAGAAGCCCAAGUACGUGCUGUGCGUGGCCUUCACCGAGAAUGGGGACGUGGUCACCGGGGACUCCGGGGGCAACCUCUACAUCUGGGGCAAAGGGGGGAACCGGAUCAGCCAGGCGGUUCUGGGGGCCCACGAGGGUGGCAUCUUCGGGCUGUGUGUGCUGCGCAACGGGACCAUCGUCUCGGGUGGCGGCAAGGACCGCCGGGUCGUGCUCUGGGGGCGUGACUACCAGAAGCUGCAGGAGAACGAGGUCUCAGAGAGCUUUGGGCCUGUGCGCACCAUCGCAGAAGGCAAAGACGACACCCUCUUCGUGGGGACAACCCGCAACUCCGUGCUGCAGGGCUCUCUGGCCACCGGCUUCUCCUCCCUGGUGCAGGGUCACAUGGAGGAGCUCUGGGGCCUGGCCACCCACCCCAGUCUGGACCAGUUCCUGACCUGUGGCCAGGACAGGCAGGUUCAUCUGUGGAGCAUGGCCACCCGCCGGCCGCUGUGGAGCAAAGCCAUCGAGGAUGCGGCCCGCUCGGCUGGCUUCCAUCCCAGCGGCUCCGUGCUGGCGGUGGGGACGGUGACGGGAAGGUGGCUGGUGCUGGACACAGAGACACGGGACCUAGUCACAAUCCACACAGACGGCAGCGAGCCCAUCUCCGUCGUCAGCUUCUCACCAGAUGGCAGCUACCUGGCCGUGGGCUCCCACGAUAACUUCAUCUACGUGUACGGCGUCUCCGAGGGCGGCAGGAAGUACAGCCGCGUCGGCAAGUGCUCGGGUCAUUCCAGUUUCAUCACUCACCUAGACUGGGCAGCCGACAGCAGCUGUUUCGUCACCAACUCUGGGGACUACGAGAUCCUGUACUGGGACCCCACCACCUGCCGUCAGAUCCCCAACACUGGAGCCGUGCGCAACCUGGAGUGGGCCACGGCCAGCUGUGUGCUGGGCUUCGGGGUCUUCGGGAUCUGGCCGGAGGGCGCGGAUGGGACAGACAUCAACGCCGUGUGCCGCUCCCACGACGGCAAACUCCUGGCCUCCGCCGACGACUUCGGCAAAGUGCACUUGUUCUCCUACCCCUGCUGCCAGCCACGGGCCCCGAGCCAUGCGGCCGGUGGGCACAGCAGCCACGUGACCAACGUUGCCUUCCUGCACGACGACAGCCAGCUGCUCUCCACCGGCGGCACGGACACCAGCGUCCUGCAGUGGCGCCUCGUCUAGGGGGCUGGCGUGGGGGCGGGUGGGGCGUGGGGCGGAGGCUGUAUUUUCCAGAGAUCUAUAUAUGUAUUGAGUCUAUAUCCAGAGCUAUAUUGAAAGGCUGGGGCGGAACAGGGCCUGGGGGGGCACUUUGUGGGGGAGGGUGCCUGGUGCUGCCGUUUCUUAGGGGGCCCAGGCUCCCCUGGCCCCCAAGGACCGGGGAGGAGGUUACCUGGGGAAUGGGGGCGGGGAUCAAGGGUGACAUGUGCCCCUUCUUGUGGGGGAUGGGAGAGGGACACAGAAUCUACCCCCCAACCAGGCUUGGGGCUGGCUCUGCCCAUCCCCACCCCCAUCAGGCUCCUGGGCAUGUGGGUUGCGCCCCCCUCCCCAGCCAGCGGAGGUGGGGAUGGUCCUGGCAUCCCUGGCGCGUGGAGAAGGGCAGGGGCCAAAGCAUGAACCUGUAUUUCCAAAGAUCAGGGGUGGGGCUGCAGGCUCCUCUACCCCGGCCCAGCCAAUAAAGAUCAAGUGAUUGAA